AUGAAGAGCAGGGUGACAUGGCUAAGAUCUGGUGACAGAAAUACUAAGUUCUUCCACGCGGUGACAAAGAAUAGAAGAGCACAUAACCGGAUUAAAAGCCUGCUAGAUGAAGAUGGGAAGGAAAAGUUCUCAGAUGCAGAGUUGGGAAAAGUAGCUGAACAAUACUUUAAGCUUCUCUUCUCAACAGAAGAUGUAGGAGUUGAACUAGAGGAGUGGAAUCAAAUCUCCCCAGUCAUAACCGUAAAGCAAAACGAUGCAUUGUUGGAACCUGUCACAAGAGAGGUAGUCAGGAAGGCAGUGUUCGAGAUUAACCCCCAUAAGUGCCCAGGGCCUGAUGGGAUGAACAGCCACUUCUUCCAACAAUUCUGGGAUACAUGUGCGGACGAUGUGACAAGUUUGGUGCAGCGAUUUUUUCAGAAUGGGGUUAUGGAGGAAGGAAUAAACUGCACCAACAUAUGUUUGAUCCCGAAGGUACUCAAUGCAAAGAAGAUGUGCGAGUACAGGCCGAUCAGCCUAUGUAAUGUGUCUUAUAAGAUCAUAUCCAAAGUGAUGGCGAGGAGAAUGAAAAAUAUCCUACCAUCAGUGAUCUCAGAGACUCAAGCCGCUUUCAUGGAAGGGAGGCUCAUAUCUGAUAACAUAUUAAUAGCCCACGAGCUCCUACAUGCGCUAAGCUCAGAUAACAAAUGUGACCAUGAGCACAUAGCUAUCAAGACUGACAUCUCUAAGGCGUAUGAUAGAUACCAGAUGCUAAAGAGAGCUGAGGAGGCGGGGAAAAUAUCAGGACUCCGAGUAGCGAGAAGGGCUCCAACGAUAUCGCACCUCCUGUUUGUCGACGAUAGCAUGCUAUACUGUAAGAGCUCAGAAGAAGAACUUGAGGCAGUGAAUCAAAUUCUGAAACGCUACAGUCUUGCAUCGGGACAGAGAAUAAACUUCCAGAAGUCCAGUAUCUACUUCGGAAAACACAUCACAAAGCGCAGAAGGGAAGAAAUCAAAGCGAAGUUGGGGAUUGAGAAUACUGGAGGCAAAGGGUUCUAUCUGGGAGUCCCGGAGUCGUUUGGGGGCCCGAAUGUAUCACUUCUCAGUUACUUGAAUGAGAAUAUGGAGCAAAGAGUGCAAGGAUGGCAAACAAAGUUUCUCUCGCUAGCUGGGAAGGAUGUGCUAUUAAAGGCAGUGGCAAUGGCCCUCCCAACAUAUACAAUGGCUUGUUUUCUGAUCCCAAAGACUAUUUGCAAACAAAUUGUGUCCAUAAUGGUAGAUUUCUGGUGGAGAAGUAAUAAAGAGUCAAGGGGAAUGCACUGGAAAAGCUGGGACAAGCUAUGCACAUCAAAGAAUUGUGGCGGGUUAGGCUUUAGGGACCUUGAGGCCUACAACCUGGCUCUCUUAGGGAAGCAACUGUGGAGGAUAAUUACAAACAAAAGCUCUCUGCUGGCUCGAGUGUACAAGAGCAGAUAUUUUAAAAAGUCAGAAGUUCUGAAUGCUCCCCUAGGAUAUCGCCCUUCUUAUGCUUGGAGGAGCUUGCACGUGGCUCAGAAAUUGAUCCAACAAGGAGCCCGCAUGGUGAUAGGUAAUGGAAAAAGUACCAAGAUCUGGCAGGACUACUGGAUAGGUAAACAGCCAGCCACAAAGGUCCAGUCUAUGGUCUUAGGGGAGAACCUAGGACGCGAGGCUAUCUCAGAGGACUUGCGAGUCUCAGAACUGAUAGACCAGAGUGGGAGGGCAUGGAACGAGGAUCGACUGGGAGAGUCUUCACAGAAGAGGUCAAGCAACAAAUUAGACGCAUAA